ACAUCUAUACCCCUUCAAUUAUGGAGAAAAAAUACCCAUGCUUGGAUACAAAUUAUAAUUGCGGUGAUCGUGAAUCUCUAAGUUUGGCAGCUGGUAGCUGGCAAAUCUAUUGCCAGGUCUGAUGGAGUGGACGUUGUUUUUGUGGCUUCGAUUGACCAAUGGGGCAUCACUACAAGAAUUGGACGGGUCUACAAUGGAUCUGCAGCAAAAGGGGUAUCCAACCCAACAAGGCCCAUUUAAUCACAUGAUUGAGACGUGCUCGCUCGGAUACAUCCAAUCGGACCCAGGAGCAGACCCAAUCAGAUUCUUACUCAGAUGUCCUCCAACGGCAGAGCCUGUGCACUCGGCCUCCACCGUCAGCAAACCACCGCGGGCUUACCACGAGCGUGGGAGCGUGUAUGCCCUGUCUAGUCAAUGGGCCCAUGAUGGGACGCCCGGAUACGAUUGUCUAUACAAUUGGUUGUAGCUACCAUAUUGUCUGUACGUUAGUUGUAGUCACCCUAUUUUGCAAUCAUAUUUCUUGUACUGUCAAUCAAAAGGCAUGACUCGUUGGGCCCCGCCCACUAGGUCGUAGACCAACGACUAGGAAAUCCAAACAUGGAAAAAUGCAUUGUAUAAAUACUCAUCCCCUAAAGGAGGAAAUACACGUUCUCAUUCACUACCAAUCUAAUAUACUUACUCUACUCUA